UUGCCCUUUUAGGUUCUCAUUAAUUAAAAAAAAAAAGAAGAAGAAAAGCGUCGACAUAAAUAAUAUUCAUUCCUCUAGACACCGUUCGAUUCGAUCGACCUGCUGCUAACUGAAACCUAGAGUGGAUUGCUCCGGGAUGUCGAACGGCACGGAUCAGGCGCAACCACCGUCGGAAAAGUUGAGUCUUCCGGUGGAAUCGAGGCCGAAGAAGCGUGCGUCACCGGGGGACAACUGGGCGCCUCCUCCAGGUUGGACGACCGAAGAAAAGGUUCGAACCUCCGGUACCAAAGCUGGUUUGGUCGACAAGUUCUACUACGAACCUGUUACAAAUCGCAAGUUCCGGUCAAGGACCGAGGUGAUGUACUACUUGGAACACGGAACGCCUAAAAAGAAAAACAAGAAAUCGGUUAACAACAGUGACACCAAAUCACAACGUUCUGAAGACCGAGGAAGCUAUAAGCGGCUGACCCAAUCCAACAAAAAGGCUAACGAGCAGCCACCCCCACCCCCACCCCCAAAGCCGUUGGACUUUGAUUUUCUGAAUGUCCCCGAGAAGGUCAUUUGGACAGGGACAAACGGCUUAAAAGAAGCUUGGUGUCCUUUCAUUGGUGACUACAAGAUUCAAGAAUCUGUCAGCCAAGAUUGGGACAGAGCCUUCACUCUUCUCACCGCAAAUGCAAAUAUGUCGGUUUAGAAGAUUGGUUCACCAAAUGUAAUAACUCGCUCUAGAGAUUUAUAUCUACUUAGUAUUUACUGACCCUGGCGUGGAUUUUCCAUUCAUUUGUCUAAAGCGUGCAAUGCAGGUUAAUUUAAUACUCAGGUGAUUGUUUAGUAACCCUUUAAUUUCGGUUGUAAUCUUAGUAUUUUCUUAAGACAA